AUGACAACUAAUCAAAUCAGUCGUGCACAGGCAGCUGGUCGUCUUCAAGAAUCUAUCGAAAUUCUUCAUGAACAUUUAUUGACUUAUCUUCUUCUAGUUAUAAAUCAAUCGAAAAAAUCUUCUCAAGAUCAACGCGUCCUUCGAGAUGAAGUCAAUAACGCAGAUUUUUCAAAUCUUGCAAAAUUCGUGGCUCGAGAUCAUUGGAAUGAUCUACUUCUACAUCGAAAAGGAGGUUGUCCGAUACAAAUGCGUAGCUUAGCUAGACGAGCUAUAGAUAUUCGAAAUUCUGUCUCUCAUCAAAACUUCGACAUUGAUAAAUACGAACAUGCUCUAGAAACACUUGCCAAAUUGGCUACGGCUAUUGAUAAACCUGAUGUAGCUCGAGAUAUUCGUGCGAAGACAAGUGUUUCAUUGACGUUAGACGCUUGGGAAGAAUUGAAAGAAAAUGGUAAUGCAUGUUUCAAACAAAAACAAUGGACAGAAGCCAUGAAUUAUUACACUCAAGCAUUGCGCUUGAAUCAGAAACAGCCAAUAUUGUAUGCCAAUCGAGCUUUAUGUGAAAUUAAUCUGACGAAAUAUGAACUGGCUCGGGAAGAUGCUGAAGAUGCAAUUGAGUUGGACUCAACACAAGUUAAAUACUAUAGAAUUUUGUCUGAAGUCCUAAUGACAUUAGAAUUAUUUUCCGAAGCAGAUGGUGCAUGUACCGAUGGGUUAAAAAUCGAACCUCGUGAUUCUGUUCUUCUUUCACGACAACGUGAUUGUCGUGCACAUUUAAUGACAUUGUAUACCGAUAUACAUAAUCCGCGUUCUAUUCAACCUGAGCCAAAAUCACGUGACGACUUUUUAUCUCAAAUGCAAACUCUCAUUAUUACACCAACGCCAUGCAAUGAAGAUGUUUUAGAUAUUAAGGAUUUUCCGACUUGUUUAAAAGUAAAUAAUUUAAUGAUUGAAAUUAAACGUCUUUUUAGAACGGGCAAAGCUGAGAAUGAACGACGUAUUCUUCAACUAUACGAAGAGACAGCUCGUCUAGCUGGUGUUGACAUCGAUCAAAUAAAAGCUACUGAGUAUUUUCGCCGAUCAGCUGAACAUGGAUGUCCUGAAGGACAGAAUAAUUUUGCUGUUGCACUCUUGAACGGCUUAGGCAUAAAAAAAAACGAAGAAUGGGCUCGUAGUUGGUUUGCAAGAGCAGCACAAUGUGGUAUUGCUGAAGCUCAAUUCAAUUACGCUGAUCUUCUGGCUGAUGGCAUUGGAGGUUCUACUGAUAUUUCACAAGCAUUGGAUUUUUAUCGUCAUGCUGCCGAUCAAGGUUAUCCCGAUGCAUAUAAGAAAAUUCAAGAGGUACAAUCUCGCAGAGGUACUUCGCUCAAACCUGUCGUACGUGAAGAUACAGCAGAAAACAAUCCGCAUGUACUCAUGUUACUCGCAUCGAAUUAUGCCCGAGGAGAAGGUGGCUAUCAUAAAAAUAUGAAUCUAGCUGAAGAAUAUUAUCGUCGUGCUGCCAAUUGUGGUAAUCUAGAAGCGGAGUUUGCAUUAGCCGAGAUUCUGCUCUAUCAUUUCAAACGAAAUGGUGAUGGAUUUGCUUUCAUGAAGCAAGCAGCAGAAAAAGGUCAUGCUUUGGCACAAUGGCGUCUUGGCAGGCUCUUUGCUUUUGGACAUGGAUGUGAACAAAAUUUGGAUGAAGCACGCCGUUGGCUGACACGAGGCAGACGACAGGGUGUUAAAUAUUGUUCGACUUCUGAAAGAAAUACAAUGGGAGACGAGAACAACGUUGAUCAAGAAUUAACAGUAGCGAAAGCUGUAUACAACUUCGAACAAAAACAUCCAGAGUUAUCUAAUGAUGAAAUAACCAUCGAUGAACGUAUACUUCGAGUUUUAAGUCAGCUGUUACCGUUAAAUAUGUCACAAAUAUCUAAUAUCACAUCAUUAUCGACGCCUCUUGACGAGACUACAGUAUUGAUUCCACGUGAAUAUUCCUUAUUGAACAAGGAGGUAUUUGAAGAAGUUGAACGGCGUGCAUAUGCUGGUUCGAUUACUGCUAAACAAUAUCAGAUGGCCAUUAUGAUGUUAAUAGAAGCAUUAGAUGAAGAAGAAAACUCACCUGUCAAAGCUUUAUCUCUCUUGCGAAAUGCUUAUUUACUAUGUGAACGCUUACCAAUUCCAAUGUCUUUUUCUGACAUCGCCCAAACUCGUCUGGAAGUUAAUCCUUACGAUGCUGAUGCUUUACAUCUCAUUGUUCGUAUAGAACAUCGAAGUUUCAAAGAACGUGUAAGACUUCUUGAAGAAUGUAUUAAACACAAUCCACUUGCUGCUGAUAUUCAUCAUUUGUUAGCGGAUAUGUAUAUGUUUACUAAGGAAUAUGAUAAAGCAGAACGAGCGUGUGCACGAGCACUUGAACUUGACUUUCAUCCUGGAUGGUUAUAUACACAAGCUGGUGCUACGAAAUUUUUGUAUGAUACUCAAAAUUCAACUAGAGUAACAUCUAGAAAAGGCUUUCGCUCUCGUACUACAAUGGAUCAAACUAGAAAUGAAAUAAAGUCUAAGACAUCGAUCGAAAUUACCAAUAAGAUAAUUGCUAUAUACAAUCGCUUUAUCGAGCUCAAUCCAGUCGAUCAUCGAAAAGUACCUAUGGCACAUUUCACUCUUGCAUUCAUUUAUAUGUCACGUAAUGAACCACAACUUACAUAUCAUCAUUGGCUCAAAUUACAAGAAACUGAUAAUCCAAGUGUACGUCUCUCGUGCCACGAACCAGUCGAUAUAAAUUGCGAAAUGAAAACUAUGAUGGAGAUUUGGUUUGAAAAACAAGGUCUGUUGUUAACAACUCCAUUCACUGGUUUACAAUUAUCGUCUACAUCAUCAAGCGAGUCUAAAGAACAUAUCCAAGUGUGCGAUCAAUGUAAAAAGCCAAAUCCACCGAAAAGUUGCCCAUGUCGGAAGGCUCAUUAUUGUGAUGCUAAAUGUUAA